AUGAGUAAUCAGGGACCUUUUCCUAGAGGACGACGAAGUAUAAUGGAGAGGAAUUCAUUGAUUCGCCAUCCAAGCUCUAGAUCCAUUGAUACAAAUAGGUUGAAUGUGCUGGAACAAAAGAAUGCCCUGUCAGCUGAAAAUCAUUCCUUUAUAAAAGAUAUUGUUGAUCAAGUUCUCUCCGGAGAGGGAGUAGGUUGGCUCAAAAUAAAUCGACUCAGGAAACUAAUGGAGGAUGAAAACUAUAGAAAUAUUAUUCUUACGAAGAUCAAUCGAACUAUUGAUCGAAGGAUCGGUCCAGAUGAUCACUUGGACGAUGUGGUUCUAAAAAGGUCUGUAUACAAGGGGGUAUUAAAGAUCCUGACAUCUGUAAUACAUGGUCUGGAGAUAACUGUAGGGAAUAGUGGUGUAGGAGGGAUGGCUUCAGCUUACCAGCUACUGGAAAUAUCUCAUACUCAUUACUGGACUAAGGAUAUCGCUGAACCGUCGGAUCAUCUCACUACAUCAGGUGGAACCACAGUACCAGGAUCCCUAGCCUCUACACCCCUAGGGGGCAGCAGAGAAAAUAUAAAUAAACUUAGGAUAGAGGGAUCUUCUAAUUUGAACUAUUCAGAUGACUAUUCAGGGUUCGAUUCAGGUUAUUAUUAUAAUAUUUAA